AUGUCUCGCCCCGAAGACCUCCUCCCGCCGGACCUGUACUACAACGACACGGCCUCGGCCAAGUACACGACGUCGUCACGCAUCCAGUCGAUCCAGGCCUCCAUGACGCAUCGCGCACUGGAGCUCCUCGACCUCGAUUCUCCCUCGUUCAUCCUCGACGUUGGCUGCGGGUCGGGCCUGUCGGGCGAGAUCCUGUCAGAAGAAGGGCACAUUUGGGUGGGCAUGGAUAUAUCGCCCAGCAUGCUGGACAUUGCGCUGCAGAGGGAGGAUGUGGAAGGGGAUCUGUUUCUGGCGGACAUGGGCCAGGGCGUCCCCUUCCGCGCGGGCACGUUUGACGCCGCCAUCAGCAUCUCCGCGGUGCAGUGGCUGUGCAACGCGGAGACGAGCGGCGUGUCGCCCGAGGGCCGGCUGCGGCGGUUCUUCGACGGGCUCUACGCGUCGCUGCGCCGCGGCGGCCGCGCCGUCCUGCAGUUCUACCCGAAGAACGACGCGCAGCGGACCAUGAUCUCCCAGGCCGCCGUGCGUGCGGGGUUCGGGGCCGGCAUUCUCGAGGACGACGGCGGCACCAAGAACGUCAAGACGUACCUCGUCCUCAGCGUCGGCGGGGGCGACAUCACCGACCGCGUCAGGAACAUGGACAACGUCGACAUCGAGGACGGUAGGCGGAUCCGGGAGGCCAAGAUGUCGGCGGCGCACAAGGGUGGCGGAGGCCGACGCGGGGCCCCGGACGACGUCAAGGGCAGUAAGGCGUGGGUGAUAAAGAAAAAGGAGAAGAUGAGGAAUAAAGGCAAGGUGGUCAAGACGGAUUCGAAGUAUACCGCCCGGAGGAGAGGGCCCAAGUUUUAA